UCGCUCUAACGAAUAGAAUAGUAUAGUAUAGCAAAGCCAACUGUUUGUUAUAAAGCAGCCGGGUGAGCACCAACGGCACGUCAUUCGCUUCAAAACCACCAGCCGAACUGGAAACGUCUUUCUCUCUUGCUCUGCUCAUUUUUUGUCGUCCUCUCCUCACAGUCGUACGAACAUUUUUUUUUUUUUUGAAAAAUAAAGUUGAAGUAGCAGUUUUGAGUUGAGAAACAAACCUGAAAUCUUGUUGCUCGUGAGCACAAACAGCCCUCCCCCCAAAGAAAAAACAAGUCGAAGUACAAAACUUGAAAUUACCGUUCAAGUAUUGCAUUUUCUGAUUCCCCCCAAAAAAUCUUCCGCCUUGUGUGAUUUGUUUUCUUCUACCCCACGGUUCAUCCGCCGACUUGGUUAGUCGUUGAUGGUGAAGGAUUUUCUGUCGUGUUUUUGUCUCUCUCUCGCGUCGAUUGAUUUGACACAACGAUUAAGUGAUUCGGAUUAUUCCACCUGUGCGCUCACCGUCGUUGCCUUUAACGCCAUCCAUCAAGGUGCGUGGUGAUACCUAAACGCGCCUACCUUACAACCGAGCCGAGAGAGAAAACAGAAAAUGUUCGUGUGGAGGUUACUGCUGGUCACCGCCUUCAUAGGCGCGGUGGUCCUGGCGGCCGAGGAAGUCAAGAAACCCGAAACCAAGCCCGUCGACGCCAAGCCCGUCGUGCCUUUGCUGGACAAAACAGCCGAAAAGCCCAUCACCACCACCACGACCACGACCACCGCAGAAAUCGCCAAAUCGCCGGCAGAUAAAACCGUGGCACAACCGACGGCGGAAAGAGAUCCCGUUGCCGCUGCUAGCCCUUCCGCCGCCGGAACACCGGCGGCAGCGGCUCCAGCGGUUGCGGCUCCUGCGGCCCCAGCGGCGGUUGUUCCGAGCAAAGCUCCCGCCAAAGUAGCCGAGAAACGUGUGGCCGUCAUCGAGGCCGUUGAAGGUGAAGAAGAGGAGGAAGAAGAGGAAGAAGAAGAUGAAGAGCCGCACGCAUCCGCACUUCACGCCGAACACCGUGAAGAUGUCGACGAAGAGGAGGAAGAAGAAGAUCAACUCGCCCUGGAAUCGACCAACGUCCAGGAGAAGGACGGAGCUGGACAUGGACACGGACAUGGUCACGGUCACGGACAUGGACACCAUCACGAACAAGGUCCCAGUUACUCCGCCCAGCCAUCGCAGCAUUAUCACGGCAAGCAAAACGGACCUAUUCCGGUCCCUCUGCCCGUCCCCGUUCAUCCAGCAUCCGUCGUUCUGCCCACUCUGCCCAAGCAGCAGUACAAUCCUCCGGCGCAGUACAAAUCUCCUCCGCCCAGCCCUUACAUUCCGGCCGCUUCCGCACCGGCUUCUGCCUACCAAUCGGCUCCUCCACCACCACCACCACCUGCGCCUCAGCCCAUUUACACGCCCCAACGCCCUGUCUACUCUCAGCCACCUCCGCCACCACCCAGGCCUCAGUAUCAGCCUCAACCGGCCUACCAACCACCUCCACCACCUCCAGUCCAGCAGGCCGCCUACGCUUCCGCUCCGCAACCCAACUACCAGCCACCCCCUCCACCUCCUCCCCAGGCUUCCUACCAGCAGCCUCCUCCCCCACCCCCUGCCCAGCCAACUUACCAGCAACCGGCCUACCAACCACCCCCACCACCUCCGUCUUACCAGCCGCCCGCCCAGGCCUACCAGCCUCCUCCACCACCGCCACCGGCCGAGAGGAACUCGAACGGACCCACUCACGCUCCAUCUCUGCCCGAGCCGGCCCAUCAAGUCCAACAACAACAACAGUACCGACCCGAAGCCACGGUCGCUCUUCCAGCCCAGGCCGCUCCGUCUGAACCUUGGCCGGCUCCAGUCCAAGACAUGCCCAGGAUCGUCUCCCUGGACGUCAAGUGCGAGAAGAAUCUGAUGAAGGUCUUUAUCGAGUUUGACAAGCCCUUCAACGGCGUCAUCUUCUCCAAGGGUCACUACGCCAACGCCAACUGCGUCCACCUGCCGGCCGGUCUCGGCCGCACCUCGGCCAACUUCGACGUCUCGAUCAACACUUGCGGAACCACCGGCAACACUGAGAACGGCCUUUACGGCUACGGCUCUCAGGCCGGCUCUGGCACAUUCUUCGAGAAUACCAUCAUCGUCCAGUUCGACCCACAAGUCCAGGAAGUCUGGGAUCAGGCCCGCAAGUUGCGCUGCACUUGGCACGACCAGUACGAAAAGUCCGUCACUUUCCGCCCGUUCCCCGUCGACAUGCUGGACGUGGUCCGAGCCGAUUUCGCCGGUGACAACGUCGGCUGCUGGAUGCAGAUCCAGGUCGGAAAGGGACCCUGGGCUUCCGAAGUGUCUGGACUGGUUAAGAUUGGUCAGACGAUGACGAUGGUGCUGGCCAUCAAGGACGACGACGGCAAAUUCGACAUGCUGGUCCGCAACUGCAUGGCCCAUGACGGCAAACGGGCGCCCAUCCAACUGGUUGACCAGCGAGGUUGCGUCACCCGACCCAAGCUCAUGUCUCGAUUCACAAAGAUCAAGAACUUUGGCUCUUCCGCUUCCGUCCUCUCUUACGCUCACUUCCAGGCCUUCAAAUUCCCCGACUCGAUGGAAGUUCACUUCCAGUGUACCAUUCAAAUCUGUCGCAACCAAUGCCCCGAUCAGUGCGCAGGAUCCGAUUACGCGGCGGCAGCUUCGUCUCUGUCGGGCGCCGAGCCCAGGAAUCCAUACAACCGGAUCGGAGCGGUGGCCAGCCGGCCGCGCUCUGAAGCCGAACAGGACGGUAUCCAGCGGUCGCCCAGAAGUCAGCGUGAUGUUGGCGCUUCCGAGACGCCGUCAGCCGCCGCCGCCGAGCAGCAGGACGUUGGCAUCAACCGCAUCAUCCAGGUGGUGUCGACUGGCGACUUGACGUUCGCCCUGGAACAGCAGAGCGACAACACGACGACCAUCGUCUUCCCGUCACGCUCCGAGACGGAAGGUCUCAUUUGCAUGACGUCGCCCGGCUUCGCCGCCACCCUCGUCGUCCUUCUCCUCAUCCUGAUCAUUUCCUGUCUGCUCUCCGCUUUCCUUUGCAUCCGGCACCGGGCCUUCGGCGUCGACCGAUCCUUAGUCUCCGCCUUCGCCAAUCCAGCUUUCGCCCACAAAAAGGGCCACUUUUAAUUCAAAUAACCAAAAUGUCAAAACCACCAACCACCAUCACACAUUUUUAAGACUUGGGACUCUUCGAAAUCCAUCACUGGAUCACUGAUGGCGCGCCCUAUAAUCGAGUGUAUCCAGCGCUAAACACUAAAGAAGACGCUUUUCACCACUCCACACAUCACACGCAGACCCUUCACACACACACACACACAGACAGAGAGACAACACACACACACAACACACGAAGACGUUGGACGACUCUUACAACACGAAAUCACGCACAGACUUUGAAUUCACAUUUACGGGGGACAUCUUAUUUUAAAUAUGAUUUUGUUUUGACGGACUUUUUUGGACGAGACGCAUCACAUCACGGGUGACAUUUUCUCUGAGCCUAGUAUUUAAAAAAACACCAACGAGAACUUCACUUUUUUUUUAAAUUUAAGAUUUUUUUAAAACAUUUUCAAAUAAAAUGGAAACGACGAACACUUGUAUUAUUAUUACUACGUGACUUUUGACUAAAAAUCACUUGACUAUUUUCAAACUGACUUUUUCUUGCAGAAGAAAUGACCAAAAUCGAAACUUUAAAAAAAAUUAAACAGAAAAUUCGAGAAAAAAAAUGACAAAGGGACGACUACAUGGGACCGCAAUGAUUUUAUGCUCGAUUGUCAUAUAUAUAGAUAUAUAUAUAUAUUUUAGCUAUUUUUACAGACGCACACACUGACGCACACACUGACACUGACAACUUGGGAAAAUCAGACGAGGCAUCAACGCUUGAUUGAAUGUUUACAUUUUCCCUGAAAAAAUUAUCGACGGACAAAUGCACUUAAUAACCAGUUUUGACGAUAUCAUCCUUUUUUUGUUAGGUUUCGAUAUCAAAUAGCGCGAUCACGUCAACUUGUCAAAUUUGAUUGGCGGCAUUUCUAUCGAUCUAAUUUUUUUUCCAGUUAUUAUUUAAUUUAACUGUCUGUUUGUUGAGGGUUUUUAUCUAAUCUUCUGAAUACUACGACAUCACAUAUACUAUGUGGAGACAAAUACUUACAAUAAUGACGGAUCACCAUUUUGUAACUCCUGAUCUUGGGAAUCUUCAAACUUUUUUUUUUUCAACUAUUAUUAUUAUUAAGUUUCACUUAUUUAAAAAAAUAACCUUAUUAUUUUUUUCGAUCGGGAAUUUGUUUUUCUCUUGCAAAAUAUUUGUGUGUGUGUGAGUGUGUUGUAGACCAACAGCGAAACAUAACCGACGCGUGUGCACUUUGAUUUUGCUCAUUUUUCUCCCCUCUCUCCUUUGGCCCACAACUUUUGAAUUUCCUUUUAUUUUUUUAUUUUUAUUUUUUUUUUACUUUUGGGGAAAACAAAAUUUCGAUAUCACGACGUACUUGUAAUUUAUAUAAUCUUCAUUGAUUUCCUUUUUAAAAAUCACGAAAAACAAUGACGACGAUGACGCGUGUGACUGCAAAACUUUUAUUCCUUAUUUCCAAUGAAUUAAUUUUUUGAUUUUAAUUUCAAUGCAUUUUUUUUUUCAAAUUGACUACUGAAUGACCAUUGGACGGACAGAGAAACAAAAAUACAUAAAUAAAUUAAAAAAAUUCAUUCGUGCCGGACACGAAAGAAAGAGCUCAGUAUAACGCAAAUGACGAAGGUGAUGAGACGAAAUGCAUAGAAUGAAAGAAAAACUUUUUGUUUUUCGGUGAAGUGUACAUUUCGGAUGCGCGCAUGUAAGAAUUGGUGUUCGACUGUUCGUGUAUUAUUUCGGCAAUUCAAUCAUUGAAAUUACAACAAGAAAACAAAACAAAAAAAUCCCUACAGUUUCAUUUCCAUUUUCGAGUUGACACUUUCUUCCAUUUCCUGCUUCCGGUCAGUUUAUUCAUUCCCCCCCCCCCCCCACAUUACUAAUAUUCCUCCUAUAUGCCCUACACAUAUGGAACCCCCCUCUCCCAAUCAUUUUUAUUUCCCGUCAAAAAAAGAAAAGAAAUCCAUUCCGUGUAUUGUUCAUAAUUGAAUAAAUGUGCGGGGGCGUUGUUGGACCUCCACCUUGA